AAAAGCCGCCAUAAUUCAAACACAGAAAAUAGAAUAUAAUUAACGAAAUUAAUCUUGCACAGUGUAUUGUGAAAAAAAAAAUUCUCAGAACUGGAAAAAAAAUGAAAAAUUAAAGAAAUCGUGGAAGAAGAAGAAAAUGAAGAAAUAUUGGAAAAAAUUUUAUGAGUUUGCAAAAUUGAGUUAUGCUCUUAAUUAAAAGAAAAUGAAGAGCAAAACAAAAAAAUAAAAAACGCACACACAACAAACUUGAGAAGAGAUCGUAAAGGCCAAGCAAUGUGAAAUACACCGAAAAAAAACGUUAGUUGUAUUGAGCAGUAACAUAAACCGACACAAACUGGAAUACAUAUCAAAUCCCACAUAAGCCACUCAAUCGUAUUCAAUGUUAAUAACGCCAAACUAUCUACACAAAGCCAAACGACGAGGGCAAGACAUUUAAAAAACCAAUUUUGUUUAAUUCUUCCACAUUUGUUUUUGUUAUCGAUGUGGUUUUAAGCGAAGUGAGUACACGAGUGUGUGGCAAACCUUUUUGCUUUUGCUCUUGGGACUUUGUUUUCUAUUUUCGUGAGCGCGUGUGUUGGUGUUUUGUUUGACGUUUAAUUUUGUUUUUUGUUAAAUAUAUAAAAUACCUCUAAUCAUUAUGGCGCGCUCACAUUUCACUCGAAAACAUUGUCUCGCUAUGACGGCCUCCGCCUCCUUGCUCGUAUUAACGUUUCUCGUGCUGGGCCUGCUGUUUCAGAACUCUGCAUUCGCGGACGAUCAAUCGACAUUGCAGCUGCUGCAUGUGCUAUUCCGUCACGGACCACGAACUCCGGCUGAUACCUAUCCAAAUGAUCCACAUGUUAACCAAACCUACUUUCCAUAUGGUUGGGGACAUAUAACAAAUAGUGGAAAACGUGAGCUUUUCAAUAUUGGAACUUGGAUGCGUAAACGUUAUGGCAAGUUUUUGGGCGAUAUGUACUUCCCAAAUUUGCUUCAUGCCCAAAGUACAGGAGUGGUGCGCACGCACAUGUCCAUGCAAACGGUCUUGGCCAGUUUCUUUCCUCCAAAGAACUCACCCAUGGAGUGGAAUUCAAAAUACAAUUGGCAGCCCAUACCCGUAUUUUCUCAGGAGUUAAAUGAGGACACGUUUUUGCUGGUGCGCAAACCUUGUCCCCGCUAUUUCGAAGCUUUCAAUGAAGUUAUGAAUACUCCUGAGAUCAAAGAGGAAAUCAAACCCCAUGAAUAUUUAUUCCCUGAACUAACAGCAUUGACUGGAAUGAAUAUCACAGAACCAGAAGAUAUAAAUUCCUUAUAUUUGACGCUUUUGGCCGAGGAAGAAUAUGGCCUUCAACUUCCCGAUUGGACAAAGGAAUACUAUCCGGAAAAAUUACAAUUCUUAGCUGAACAAGCUCUAAUUUACAAUAUCUACACAAGAGAAAUGCAAAAAAUUAAAGCAGGUCCUUUCCUUACGAAAAUGUUCACCGAAAUGAAAAACAAGGCAAGCAACACCCUAGCACCCAAGGAACGCAAAAUGUACAUUUAUACGGGACAUGAUUCCACCGUAGUAAACAUCAUGCAUGCUUUGAAAGUAUGGAAACGCCAGUUGCCACGAUACUCUGCUAUGCUCCUAGUCGAGACGCACAAGAAUAAAGAAACAGGAGAAUACUAUGUUGAGCUAUACUUCCGCAAUAAUCCCAAAGAACCGGCCCAACCUCUAACAGUUCCCGGCUGUGAUUUCCAAUGCCCCCUGGAAAAAUUUGUGAAAUUAAGUGCUGAUGUAGUUAUUGACAGUGAUCUUGACGCUGAUCGUUGCAAGUCAAAGAAUGAAGAAUUUACUGAACCACCAUUGCGUGGUCCAUAGAUCUUCAACCCUCAGAAUCUCAGGGAUUAGUUAAGAAAUUUUUAUUCCAAUUGUGUUUUUCUUCUUAAGUCUUCUAGCAAAUAUUAUUAUAAUUUUUAUAUACGAGUACAUCUAUGUAGAGAUAUUUACACAUACUAUACACAUGAAACAGUUUAUUUAACGUAAAAACAUUAAUUUAGUUGAAAUAGAUUUCAGGAAGACACAGAUAAAGGCAUGCUUUUUUUAGUUAGCGUCUUUAAAGCUCAUAAAAUAAUGGAGAAUGGUAAAAAGCUAUUAUGAUUAUACAAGAGCUUGACGAAGAACGCCACCUCCACAUGAAUAUGUGGUUACAACAAUAACCAUUCUCAAUACAUACAAGAAGCGCAGAGUUAAAUAAUGAUGGUCGAAUAUAUGUAAUAACAAGUAAAAGCGUGCUAAUCUCGGCCGUGCAGAAUCUUGGGAACCCACCACAAUGGAUUCUGCUAAAAAUGUAUACAAAAUAAAUUUAGUUGAAAGGCAUAGUUUUAUUCUACAUACCAAA